UGUAGUGUUCCGCUAUCCGCUCGUUGUGUACAGGACUGACCCGGUGCUGAUAAACUACUAUCUUAUGUUCGGUGUAACUCGACUAGUGAGAUGCUUCAGCACGUCACAGCACGUGUUUAGCAGGAUGAAGAUUGCUGUGAUUGGUCAGUCCCUGUUCGGGGCGGAGGUCUUUAGACUGUUACAGAAAGAUGGCCACCAUGUAGUGGGUGUCUUCACUGUCCCAGACGUCAAUGGGAAGGCAGACCCUCUUGCCUUGGCGGCAGAGAAGGAUGGGAUCCCUGUCUUCAAGUACAAGCGCUGGCAGCUGAAGAAGAAGGCAAUCCCAGAGGUUCUGGAAGAGUACAAGUCCGUGGGAGAGCUCAAUGUUCUGCCGUUCUGCUCACAGUUCAUCCCCAUGGACGUGAUCACAUUCCCAAAGAACCAGUCCAUCAUCUACCAUCCUUCCAUUCUUCCAUUGCAUCGAGGAGCCUCAGCCAUCAACUGGACCCUGAUGUCUGGUGACAAGCGGGCUGGGUUUACCGUCUUCUGGGCAGAUGAUGGCCUUGACACUGGACCAAUCCUGCUACAGAAACAGACAUAUGUGGAGGAGAAUGACACCAUUGACUCAAUCUACAACCGCUUCCUCUUCCCAGAGGGGGUCAAGGGCAUGGGUAAAGCUGUUCAACUGAUUAAUGACGGGAAGGCACCAAGAAUAACUCAGCCAGAAGAGGGCGCCACCUAUGACCCUCUGAUCAAGAAAGACAAAGUGCAGAUCAACAUGGACCAGCCGUCAGCUCUACACAACUACAUCCGUGGCAACGACAAGGUCCCUGGUGCCUGGACCACCAUCAAUGGCGAGAAAGUGACCCUAUACGGAUCUCGCCUCUGGAAGAAGAUUGAGCCAAGGGGGACAACUGUGGAUAUACCUGGUGCCAGCAAGCCGGCCAUAGUACACAAGAAGGGAAUGGUCUUCUUCGGAAAUGAUGGGAAAAUGGUGAAUGUGAGUCAGGUGCAGCUGGAAAGUGGCAAGAUGACCGCCUCCAAGUUUGGCAAGGAUGACAAGUCUACGGAAAAACUGGAGCUCACUCAGGAAGAGAUAAACAUGGUCACAGCCCUGAAGGACGUGUGGAAUGGCAUCUUGAACAUCGACAUAGAGGACCAGACAGAUUUCUUCAAGUCUGGAGCAGGAUCCAUGGAUGUUGUCAGGCUAGUGGAGGAGGUGAGAGAAAAGUGUAAUGACAUCCGUCUCCAGCCCGAGGACGUCUACAUGAACACCGUGUUCGACGACUUCACCACCUGCGUCAUCAAGCGAGGACGAGGCAUAGAGGACAAGGAACCCUUCACCUUCGAUGCAGUUGAGAAGCACAUCAACAACAUGGACAUAAGCAUGCCGCACCAGGUGUUUAUAGACAACGAGUUCCUCGACUCUUCUGAUGGCAAGACCUACAAGUCCAUCAACCCAGCUGAUGAGUCUGAAAUCUGUGAUGUGUCGCUAUCCACCAAGGAAGAUGUCAACAGAGCUGUGGAAGCAGCAAAGGAAGCGUUUGAGGAGGGACCCUGGGGAAGGAUGAAUGCCCGGGACCGUGGGACUCUCAUGUACAGACUGGCUGACUUGAUGGAACAGCACGAGGAGGAGCUGGCGACUAUCGAGAGUAUAGACUCUGGCGCCGUGUACACGCUGGCACUGAAGACCCACGUGGGCAUGUCCAUACAGACAUUCCGCUACUUUGCUGGAUGGUGCGACAAGAUUCAGGGCCUCACGAUCCCCAUCAACCACGCCCGACCCAGCAAGAACCUUACCUACACCAAGAGGGAGCCGAUCGGUGUGUGUGGUAUUGUGGUGCCGUGGAACUACCCCCUAAUGAUGCUGGCAUGGAAGAUGGCUGCUUGUCUGGCUGCAGGGAACACAGUUGUGCUGAAACCUGCCCAGGUGACACCUCUGACAGCAUUGAAGUUUGCAGAGCUGGUGGUGAAGGCCGGGUUCCCUCCUGGAGUGGUCAACAUUGUCCCUGGGGCAGGUUCCAAGGUGGGGCAGGCCCUGUCGGACCACCCUGAUGUCAGGAAGCUUGGGUUCACCGGAUCCACUCCCAUCGGCAAGACCAUCAUGGCCAGCUGUGCCAAUGCCAACCUGAAGAAGGUAUCUCUGGAGCUGGGAGGCAUCCCCCUCAUCAUCUUCAGCGACUGCGACAUGGACAAGGCCGUCAGGAUGGGAUUGAGCUCCGUGUUCUUCAACAAGGGAGAGAACUGCAUCGCAGCUGGACGACUGUUUGUAGAAGAAUCCAUACAUGACGAAUAUGUCCGCCGAGUGAUUGCAGAAAUCAAGAAGAUGAAGAUUGGCGACCCACUGAACAGAUCUACUGACCACGGGCCACAGAAUCAUCGGGCUCACUUCAACAAGCUGCUGGAGUACAUCGACACAGGGGUGAAGGAGGGAGCCAAGCUGGUGUACGGAGGCAAGCAGGUGGACAGGCCAGGACUGUUUCUGGAGCCGGCAGUGUUCACAGGUGUUGAGGAUCACAUGUUUGUCGCUGAAGAAGAAUCAUUUGGCCCUAUAAUGAUAAUCUCCACCUUCCCUGAUGGGGACGUAGAAGGUGUGAUCCGUCGAGCCAAUGACACUGAGUAUGGCUUGGCUUCGGGCGUGUUCACCAAGGACAUCAACAAGGCUCUCCAUGUUGCUGACAGCAUCCAGGCUGGCACCGUCUUCGUCAACACCUACAACAAGACUGACGUGGCAGCUCCAUUCGGGGGCUUCAAGCAGUCCGGAUUUGGGAAAGAUUUGGGUCAAGAGGCGCACAAUGAAUACCUCAAGACAAAGGCGGUGACAGUGGAGUACCACUAGAGCCCCCUGUUGCCGAACGUCCAUGAGUGCCUGCCGAAGUGGUGACGGUGUAGUAAACGCCUCCUAGUCCUGUGUUAUCUGCUUCUGCCAAAGACUCUAUCUGCCUGCCGCUCUGCUUAAUCUUGAAGAAACGGUUAUGGAGGAAGGCAUCCCAGGCUGCUAGAGUGCCGGCCUGGGAGUUAAGGGUUGACACAGUUUACUAAUGCAGGUUUAGUUCAGAGGUACAGAUAGCAAGACUUGUACCUUAGAGGUAAUAGAGAAAUAGUUUCAUACCAUAUUUCUGGUCUUUGUGAAGACUGUGCUUCAGACGACAACCCAGUUCAAAUCAAGGUCUGAGUAUUUAGUGCUGUGUGUGAAAACUGGGCAUUAUUUUUGUAAUUUCUAAUGUAUUUACAGUAAAAGAGGUCGGAUCUAUUUACAAAAUGAUUUCCGAUGUACACUACUGGCUUUUGUUAUAGACAGUAAGCUUGUGAACUGCAUUGUUUGUUAGUAGGGAUGUCACUUAAGAUCAGUGUAUGAAAUACGCCAAAAAUCCAGCCAGACAUCAGGGCUGGUAACUUCAAAAUGUUACCUGUCCAAAAUGGAUUUAACCAGACCAAAUAUGGUGAAUUUACUCAGAUGUAUGGAACAUCUAAAGAAUUUUACCAGACCAUCGGUCUGGCUAGCUGUAAAUUUAGACCGUCUGUCAGAAAUCUAGACUGUCUCGGGCGGUUGGACGGGCCUUAUUUCAUACACAGCUUAAGAUAUUCGAACAAUUCCAAUGAAUGUACAAAAAAUGCUGCUCAAUAUCUAAUCAUUAAAUGUUGUCAUGGAGACAAGUAUUUCAUUUGUCAUUGACAUGGAUAACAUGUUUCAAGGAACAUGUCUGGGACCCACUUUUACAGGGCCCUCUGUCUGCUCUGCUUGUGUCCAGUGUUAAUGCAUGUGCAUAUCAAUAAAAACUAAGAUAACUUGUAGAAUCUUGCUGAGACCUGUUUCCCGGAAGUGAUCAAGUUGUGCACCCUAUCAUCAGUCUGUGCUAACGUGUAUCUCAGUUGUAAUGAGUGUGAGUUCGAUUCCCGGAUGGGGCUCAACUCAAAAAGUACUAGAAUUUGUACUUUACUAAGAAAGUGUAAUCCCAAAUAUAACAUAUGGUACAACCUUAGACUGGACAUUUUACAUAUUCAUUUUUUAAGCUUAAGGCUCAACAUUUUAUUGAUUUGUCAUUCUUUUCUAGAAGAAAGAACCAUUUUACAUUGAAUUGCUGGCAUCUGUUGACUAGGUGAACAUUUGCUGGCAUCCAGCAUGUUGCAGCAGCAUCUGGAAUACCACAUAAUGGGGCGUGGUAUCUGUACCAACAACUGUCAUGGCAUGCUUGGGGAUAAUGUAUGAUUUGGUGGUUACAGUGAGAGUCACAGUACUGACUGAUUGAAUAGAUAACUUAAGUAUUUUACGAACGGUAUUUUGUUAAUUGAGGCAAUGGGGUAGCCUAAUGGCAUCCGCUCAUUACGCUGAAGACGCGGGUUCGAUUCCAUUCCCUACGUACAAUGUGUUAAGAUCAUUUCUGGUGUCCCCUGCCGUGAUAUUGCUAAAAGCGGCAUAAAAUCUUACUUACUUUUGUUAAUUUUAGUGAGAUAAAGAUCAUGCUCAGAGCUACACCAGGAUUUAACAGUAAACUGUCAUUGUAAUUUAUGUAUGCAUUUCUCAACCCCUCUCUUGGAUUCAGGGGUAAAAUGAAGAAAAUAUGCUUCAAUAGAUUGCAGUUGUCUACUAAUACAAGAGUAGAAAGUUUAUUAAUACUUACCAUUGAACUUUGUUAUAUAAUUUUGAGCAUUAUGUAUAUAAAACAUGAUUUUGUAAGAUAAUUGAAAUGGUGAGUUCUGUCCAGGAGAUUGUUAUGAAAGUUUUCCUUCUAUCUUUGGUAGCUGAGGGGCUUUCUUGACAAAGUGUUGUCAAAUGGCUAUGUGAUAUCUUAAUUAUGGAAUAUAUUUUCACAUUAGCAGAAUUGGUGCAUCUGCUAAUGUUGUGUUUGACUUCAUCUGUAGCCUCUAUAUAUUAUCUUCUAUCAUCUAAAACUGGCUUUCACAUGUGAUCUCUUGGUUGAGAUGAAAUUCUAUGAGUGUAUUAUAGACCAUUGUGAUGUCAUCAUUACCAUGACAUCACAGUCAAGUGACAUCACUAAUCCCUCUGCCACUGAAGCUAGUUAGCUGUACUUUUCACAAUCAAGAUAUUGUUUAUUUUUGUUGACAAAUUGAAAAAUUUGGAAGAAUCAUUUUGGAUUAUAAAUAUAAUCCCACCCUUGUGUCCGCUGAUGACAAAUGUAUCUACACAAGUUGUUAAAAGUAUCAGAGUUUUAAACCUUUAUCAACUUGUGUUGUGUCUGUGAUAUCACAAGACAGAAGGUUUUACAAUAAGCUUGGAGCUCCAAAUAGCAAGCUGAUAGUGUUUUGUGUUUUAUGUGUUUUAAAACGAGAAAAGUGCUGUUUGUUAUGACAAUGAAAGUUGUAUUCAUUAUGAUGACAAGUGCUAUGUUUGUUGCUAUGUUAUGGUACUAAGUGCUUAGCCAGAAAUGGUGAAUGUUUACCCUGCUAUUUUAGAUGUUUUGUGUAUUUAUGAAGUGAGCACUAUACAUAUAAUUCUGUAUGGAUGGUAGUUUUUGUUCAGUUUACUUUGUUCUGGUCCUGACUUAGAACUGUGUUUAAAACAAUAUGCAUGUUGUCAGUAAUUAAUCAUUGAAUAUUUUAAUGACUGAAUUUUAUUGUGACCUCAUGUACUGUGUGAUAAGCUACACACAAAAAGCUGAAUUACACCAAAUUUUGUACACUACAACAGUUAAUCUGCUAUCACAUGACAGAUUAAUUAUAAUAAUAUAUAAGAAUCAGGUUCUCUAACUUGUUUUGAGCAGUAUAUGUGUAUAUCAAAGACAGAAUGAAAUCAGUAAUGGUUUCUAUGUACUCCUAUUGUUAUAUAGUUCCAGGUUAUUGUGAUAAUCAAAUCCAUACUGGCUAGGGGUAAUGGUUUCACAGGCUAUACAGUAUUGUGGACUUGGAGUUGCUAUUGACGACAAAUGUACACAGAACCAUUACCAAAUGCUAUUGUAAUAUUAUUCAUAUUAGGUGUUAUAUUGCCCAGAUUUGGAAUAAAGGCUUAACUGAUAA